CGCCUCUUCCAAGGAUCCGGCAUAGUUUAUUCGACCUGAACUCUCCAUCGAACCACACCAUCCAUGCCAUCGUGGCCGGAGAUCUCCUGGAAUUCACGCAAAACAUCUAUUCCUUGUCCAGUAGACGGCUCCCUAUCAUCCCGCAAGCAUUCAUCGAAGGAUGGCGUGGCAGUUGGGUGGUGACACUGGCUUUGUCUCCAUCUCGCAGCAUGACAUCACGCUCUGCCCUCCUCCAUGACGUACGGCCACCGCUGGGUUCCAGACUCGCGUUCGUGAAACACCUAUUUAUACUCACCCCCUCAGCAGCCUAUGUAAACACUUUGUCUCUCAUCGACUACCAGUAUUUCCUUCGUUCAUUUUCAUCAUUUACUAUUCCACGUGAUCUCUAUCUUCGCCUACUGCUGUGACUGUCAUCAUGGCGACUACCGAUAUCGCUACGCGGGAGCUUCGGAAGCCCAUCACAGUGGCUGAGUACCUGUUCCGCCGUCUGCACGAGGUUGGCGUUCGCUCAGUGCACGGUGUUCCGGGUGACUACAACCUUGCCGCAUUGGACUAUCUGCCCAAGUGUGGUCUCCACUGGGUGGGAAACUGCAAUGAACUCAAUGCCGGCUAUGCCGCUGACGGAUACGCCCGAGUUAAUGGAAUCGGCGCUCUGAUUACUACCUUUGGUGUAGGCGAGCUUUCGGCGCUCAAUGCCGUUGCUGGAUCAUACUCCGAGUUUGUACCGAUCGUCCACAUCGUUGGUCAACCCGGCACCAAAUCUCAAAAGGAUGGCAUGCUGCUUCACCACACCUUGGGAAAUGGGGAUUUCGAUGUCUUUGCGAAGAUGAGCGCAGGCAUUUCCUGCACCCUUGGACGUCUGAAUGAGACGCUGGAGGCGGCGACCCUCAUCGACAACGCCAUCCGUGAAUGUUGGAUUCGCAGUCGGCCCGUCUAUAUCAGUCUCCCCACGGACAUGAUCGCGAAGCAGAUUGAGGGUGAUCGACUCGAUAAACCGCUGGAUAUCUCCUUGCCCCAGAAUGACCCCGAAAAGGAAGAUUACGUGGUGGACGUUGUCCUGAAGUAUUUGCAUGCGGCAAAGAAACCGGUGAUUCUGGUGGAUGCUUGUGCCAUCCGUCACCGGGUUCUUGAUGAGGUUCAUGACUUGAUGGAAGCAUCCGGAUUGCCUACUUUCGUGGCCCCGAUGGGCAAGGGAGCAGUGGAUGAGACUCGCCCAAACUACGGAGGUGUGUAUGCCGGAACGGGAUCGAAUGCGGGCGUUCGCGAACAAGUCGAGUCUUCCGACCUUAUCCUGAGCAUCGGUGCCAUCAAGUCGGAUUUCAACACCAGCGGGUUCUCCUAUCAUAUUGGACAGCUAAACACCAUCGAUUUCCAUAGCACUUUCGUCCGCGUGCGAUACUCCGAAUACCCCGACAUCAACAUGAAAGGAGUCCUGCGCAAGGUCAUCCAGAAGAUGGGCGCCGUCAAUGCCGCCCCAGUUCCGCAUCUCUCAAAUACGAUCCCCGAGGCCGAGCAGUCUUCAGGUAACCUAGAAAUUACGCACGACUGGCUUUGGCCCAGCGUUGGCCAGUGGCUAAAGGAAAAUGACAUUGUCAUCACCGAAACGGGUACGGCAAACUUUGGCAUCUGGGAGACUCGGUUCCCGGCGAAUGUGACAGCCAUCAGCCAGGUCCUUUGGGGUAGCAUCGGCUACUCCGUUGGAGCUUGCCAGGGUGCCGCACUGGCGGCGAAGGAGCUGGGUAACCGCCGGACUGUUCUCUUCGUUGGUGACGGAAGCCUCCAGCUUACAGUGCAGGAGUUGAGCACCAUGAUCAGAAAUAAUCUCAACCCUAUUAUCUUCGUGAUCUGCAAUAACGGAUAUACCAUUGAGCGAUACAUCCAUGGAUGGGACGAAGAGUAUAACGACAUCCAGCCGUGGGACAUCAAAGGCCUCCCCACCGUCUUCGGAGCCCAGGACAAGUACAAGGGAUAUAAGGUGACUACGAGGGACGAGCUGAGGCAGCUGUUUGCAAACGAAGAGUUCGCCUCGGCGCCAUUCUUGCAGUUGGUGGAGCUUCACAUGCCGCGUGAUGAUGCUCCGGCCGCGUUAAAAAUCACGGCUGAAGCAGCGGCCACCAGAAACAAGUAAUGGAGGUUGGUCUGGAAAGGAGGCAGUUUCCCCCUCUUCUUGUCAUCUUUCUCAUUUCACUUUACCUGUCACUCCUGGAGAGAAACAGACCCCACUCUGGCCAAGUAGUCUGGAUGCAGAAGACGAACUGUAAUGAUCUAAAAUAAUAA